AAAUCACUUUUUUUGAGGAAUAAUAUAUCAUCAUCUUAUUCAUAGUCACAAAUUUUUUUUUUUACACUAAAACAAGAUAUUUUAAUUUUUGGACAAUUUUACAAGUGAACAAUCAAUAAUAAUCGAAAAAUUAAUGGAAAAAAUUUUUUUUUGUUAUUAAAAUAUAAAAUAAAGAUUUUUUUAAAAAACCAAAAAAUAUUCAUGAAUGGAUGAUGAUGAAUAAUAAUAGGAAGCAAGAGUCAUCGUAUACUACGAGUAGUAUCUUUCCGACUCUGUCUACAGCUGGCUCGUAUAACCUGAGUCACUCGUCGCAUUGCAGGGAGGAAAUUGGAAGGAUUCUUUACCUCGGAAUUCCUAUAUUCUCCAUCAUAUUAUGCAUGAUUUGCGGUAAUUUAUUGGUGGUCAUCUCUGUGCUGGCAUUUAAAAAUUUGAAAUCCAUCAGGACCGGAAUUAUAGCAUCGUUAGCUUUAGCGGAUCUUUUGGUGGCUAUAACCGUCUUACCAUUCGCCGCGAUCGAUCUCAUAUGCCAGAAAUGGAUUUUCCCAGCUGCCUAUUGCAAUUUUUACGUCAUGUUGGACUUCAUAUCCUGUCAGUCCAGCAUCUUCCAUAUCUGCCUCAUAGCCGUUGAACAGUACAUAGUGAUAAGUUCUCCGUUGAGAUUUAUUCAGAUAAGAAAAACCCUAAGAUGCCUAGUAAUCGUGGCUAUUUGCGGGAUAUGGACCUUAUCCAUAGUCAUAGCGUAUUACUUCACCCAUUACGUAGGCAGGUACAACGGUAACAGGGUGGAUCUGGAAAGCUUGAAACAUUAUCUUAAACAUGGUCACCCGCAUAACGGCAUGAAUAAUAAUUACGAACAAAGUUACCAAGCAAUAAUGAGCAACUAUUUAUCAAGAAGCGGUGAAAAUAUGAAGUACAUCAGUAGCGCGUAUCCCUACAAUGUUAUGGGUGGCGGUUCCGGUUUCCAUGUUGUGCCAUUGAUGAGAAGAAGGCAAUUGCACGUUCACCAUUAUUCCUAUCCGAACAAUUAUUACGAAUAUCCUACUUGGAUGGGCGGAGGAAACGGUGUCGUAGACGACAAUAUUUUGGUAACCGAUAAACACCACCCUUUCCCGAAAUUAUCUCCCGCCACCUAUUCCAAUUUUACUUCAUUACCGUUUACUUCUCACAUGAGACCGUUAUCUUUGGGCCACCAAAAUUGUCUUUAUCUUUCCAGGCUUUCCCCUACAUUCGCGUCCAUAGUAUUCUUGGCCGGAUUUCUUUUACCUAUGAGUGUCACGAUGUGGGUUUAUUGGAAGAUAUACGGCAUCGCUACUUAUCACUUAAACGCCAUGAUAAACCAAUACCAAUCUACUUUGAGCAAUGUCAACCUAGCGGCACAUCAAUCCAUGUCCCUUCAGUCGAAAAGGGAUACCAAGAAUAAAAGGUCGAGAAAAUCGGUUUCCUUCCUAAAUUCUCCCACCGUGCACAAUUACGAGAAUUGCGAAAAUGAUAAUAAUGUACUAGCCAAGAGAUCAACCGUAGAUCAUGGCAGCAUCUGGAAUAUCAAGCCCGAAUUACAGAAAUAUCAACCAUGGGUCUUCUUCGCGUACCUUUGUAGGUGGUUUAAACGGAGAAAUUUUAUCAAUGAUAACGUAACAAGCUCUAAAUCAAAAUCUUCAGCUUGUCUUAAUAACCCAUUGUACACGAAAUCUUUGUCUUCUCGCAUAUGCCAUAACCUUUACAAUAUCAGGAACGAAUCGUAUCUAUUAUCUUUAGACUCCCUUUUCUUGAAUGCUAAAACCUCGUUACAAGGCGAUUCCCGAAACUUUGAACAGGCGAAUAAUUUCCACGCGCGUAAUCAUAGCCAUACUUCUAUUGUAGUAGAACGUGAGUUACUAUCCUGCAUAGCAGAACAAUUCAUUAAAGCUUGGGUCUUUAUCACCAAAAGGAGUUGUAGAAAUGGGAACGCGGUGGGAACUACUAAAAACCCUUCAAGAUACAAACGCGCAUACAAUAAAAGCGGGAGCUUUAUUUUAACUGAGAAUAUUAUGUGCGAGGAAAAUGAAGAAAACGGAUAUCGCGACACGGGGUUUCGGAUUUGGUCAGGUCCGUGCCAUCUGAACCAAGACGAAGAUAGGAGCAAGAUACCGGAAACUUAUUUGGACAAGCGAAAAAGUGUCGCUCAUUUAAUCCUCGACAAUUCUCUAGAAGCUCCGAAUCGUCCCAUCAAAAGUGCGAUGCGUAUGAAUAAUAAAAAUGACGGUGAUAUUGAAGCGUACCGCGAAUCUAGAAAAGCGGUGGAUACUAAUUGCAUCCAUCCCGAAAUUGUUCCCAACGAUAUUUGUAAGGCAAGAACAAAUAAAGACCGUAGAAGGUCGCUCUCAAUUUCAACAUCUUCUCAUUGCUCCACUAGAGUGAAAAUGAAACGGGAAAGCGUUUACGCCCACAUACAAAGCAACAGAGACCUAUUAUCGAAGGAAAAGAAAGCCAUAAAAACCUUGGGAAUAAUUUUAGGAGCGUUUUUAGUUUGUUGGACACCUUAUUUCUUUGCAUUCAUCAUUCACCCAUUCUGCAAUUACUGCAUUCCCGUGAAACUAUUCGUUGCUGUCACGUGGUUGGGUUACCUCAACUCGGCUCUCAAUCCUAUCAUAUACGCCGUCUACAACAAAAGAUUCAGGAAAGCUUUUAAAGCCCUAAUCACGUGCCGAUUUGAUAGGGAGAGAACUUUCGAAACCGAAAGAUCUUGAAUCUAAAGUAAUUUGAAGUACGCAGUAACGGGUGUUUUCUGACCUAGAAACUUACGCGAUUAAUAUGAUUUCCGGUUUUAAUCCGAAAACCGAUAUCGAAUUAUUAUACAAUUUUUUUUUGAAAAAUAGCGAACCAAUGGUAAACUGCGAUUAUCGGGUUUUUCUUUUUAACAAUCUCUCUCUCCAAGUUGUUUGA